UGCUAAUGCGUAGGGACUCGGAACCAUACCUGUACCAGGGGUAUGCCUGUACAUAUCAGAGACAGGAGUGCUUACACGCAUUUUCGUGUUAUGUGAGGUAUAGCGGCACCGCAGCGUAGCCUCACGCCUCUGUUACCGUGUCCAUGACUUUCGUGAACUAGUAUUAUUACAGCUGCCUUGGCCUACCGACCCCCAAGUCCAGAGCGAUCGUGUUAUCUGUCGUACAUACACAAGUUUGACCUACAUGUAGCGUCUGUAUGUGUAGACACACUGCAAUGAUGGCAGCAAGAGCGCUCGCGGGAAUACUUCGGUCAUCAAGCCUCAAGGUACACGUAGACCCCCUAGUGAUAUAUGGAAAAACGUCCACUCUUCGCACCUUGGGUGUCAUAAGUAGUAGUCGUCAAUAUGCCACUGACAAAGUCUAUGAAAUACGCACAUAUAGUUUAUACCCCAAGGAUGUUAAGGAGUUCAUGGCUAUCUCUGAAGAAAAAUUACACUUAAGACUGAGAGCUUCCAAAAUUAUUGGCUAUUGGACUUCUGAAAUAGGGGGGAUGAACCAAGUGUUUCACAUAUGGGAAUAUGACAGUUUAAAGCACCGUGCCCAGGUGCGGGCAGCCUUGGCAAGUGACCCUGAUUGGUUGUCUCAGUACAUCAGCCGAGUUAUUUCCAUGUGGUGUAAACAGGACAACCUGCUCACCAAGGCCAUUGCUGGACCAGAUGGUGAUCUAGAUCAGGAUAAAGGCAACUUAUAUUUCCUACAGAGGUACAACAGCAAUAGCUCCAGUAUGAGCAAUUUGACGAGUGAGCUGCAGAGUUUGCAGUCUGGGACAAAUAUCAAGCUGGCAGGAGGCUGGUCAAGUAUUCUUGGACCAAAAGAUACUGCAUAUCUGUUGUGGCAGUGCAAAGACCCAGAUGAUUUUCUGGUAUGGCAAGAAAAUUCAAGUGAAAAAGUAAAAGUUGUGCCAGAGCACUCUCAACUGCUGAUUCCAUGCCCAUGGUCACCAUUGAAAUAAAAGUCACUAUUAAGUUGAGGGUACCUGCUUUAGGACAUCAUGAAGAAAUAACCUUUUAUCAUUUGUUUAAAAUCUAUGCAUUAGGAGAUGUUUUAGUCUAACCAAAGUGAUCAGAUUGCUGCUCUAUUGAAAACACAAAGAUUGUAGCAUUUCCAAGAAAGAAAAUUGCUGGUGCGAAUUGAAUUCCAUAUGUUGAGUCCCACUUCUUAUAUUGAACAUUAUCAACUUUACAUAUCAAGAAAUGUUAUUUUAAAAAAUAUAUAAUUAUACAAAGAAAUAUAUGCUUAUUGAAUUGAAGAGCAGAUUUCAAAUAGGUUACAUAUUUGUGUCAAGAUUUAGUGAAAGUAGAUGUCAACAAAUAUAAUAGCAUUCAAGUUGAUUUAAUUGACAUUUUUUGGUAAUAUAGAUUAAUUUUACAGCUAGCACUUGAUAUAUGAAAUAGUUAUGAAUUUGUUACUCUUCCUGAGAAUACAUUAAAUGGCAGAAUGCUAAGAUUCAAUUGUUUAGGUGAUGUAUUACCAUGUUUAUCUGUCAAAGAAAAAAUGAAGUUGCUCCAAAGAAGUUAAUUUGAAAUAUUCUCCAUCUUAUUGUUGUCGUAUCUAAAUGCACUGUUGUAAAAUUUAUGAAAGGGCAACAUUCCCCUUUCUAUUAGUAUGUAGUAUGUUUAUAGUUAAUCAUAUAUUUUAAAUGUUUUAAACACAACAUAAACCUGUUCAAUUUAAUUGUA